UGAAAGUGAGGUUAUGUGGAUUGUUUUGAUUUUUUACGAGGCGAAUUGUUUUAGAUUUUGGUGCAUUUCCUGGUCAAAAAUGGCUCAUGGAGGCUCUUCUAAACGUGAUUAUCACAAAGUGGACUACACUGUGAGAAUACGGGAUACACUCCAGCGGAUAGAGUCAAUGCUGAACUCCCGGAGCAAGCAGGAGCACACAAUGGAACUGAUUGCUGAGAUCUUCUGUGAGAAAUCUCCAAGGGAGAUGGAUGUGAGGAAGGCACAGACACAGCUACUCCCCGCUACAUUGACUUUGAUCCAGGAACUUCAGUUGGUGGUGAUUCUGUGCGAGUAUUUUCAGAGUCCCGGUCCGGAAGCCACGCGAAAUGCCAUGUUUCUGUCCCUUUUUGCCAGUCCCACGUCCAUCACUCGCAUUAAUGUCCUCGUGAAGCUGGUCAGUACGUCAGUAUCUGCCCUGAUAGCGCCACUCCUUUGCGCUGCAGGCACCUGGAUGCAGCAACUCGGCUGCACAUCCCAGUCCAGCCUCGAUUUGGCUCAGAAUCUUGUCACGGACUUCAUUGUGUUCGCCCAGAAGGCGUCUGAGCAGCUGAAGUUCCUUCCUCAGGUGGCUCCACGCUUCACAGCGAACACAAUAACCGCCGUGGCGGAACUCUAUCUCAAUGAAAUGCAUGACAGCCGAUCUGUUCCUCCUCCCAUCCUUCUGGACACUUUCACUGAAUGGGUAUCGAGCAAUCCAGAGCUGUGCCUGGCUUCCCAGAAGCCUCUGGUUCUUCCAUCAGGCGCCAUCGCAAUGCCAGUCCUCACUCCCCUGGCUGGACUUAUACGCUGGUGCGUCCUGGCUCCGCUAAUGGAUCCCGCCAAGUCCUACAGUCGCCUCCAUCUCGCCAUCAUUCAGACCAUGCAACAGACUCCGCCUCCCAUUGGCUCUCCCACCGUCAUCAAUGCACAGCACCUCUGCCUGAUUGUCGCUACUCUCGAGGGAAAGUACCUGCAGAUCAAGAGGCCAGAAAAUUACUCCAAGACUGCAGAGGAACGCUUCCAGCUCUGCCUGGAGCGUUUCGCUCAGGCCGUGCAGGUUGCUCUGAGCUCUCACUGCGUCUACGGCAGCAUUCCUCAGCUGCUGUGUCGCCUAGAAGCACUGCCGCAGAGCACCCUGAUGCAGAUGGUCAUCAAGAGUAACAGGAAUACGUGAUGGGAAACUUUUUAAAUCAAUAAAUUUUUUCAAAC